GGGGAAGGUUUGGGAGAACUUGGCCUGUCUCCAAUUAAGCGUCCAGAGUCUAACUCAUCUGGACAAUCAUGACUUGUAAAGGAAUGAAUGCAUCUUUUAUAGACCUUAACACCCAAAAGAAAAAAUCCGCUAGGUUUAAAGUGCAUCCGCACGGAGUGAGUUUGUAGAACUUAGCUUUCCCUUGGAUGCUCCUCACAUAUUUUUUGGAUCUGCUUAAUCAUGCCGGGUAUGGAGAUGUUACCAAGAUGUUCCUGCGUAUUCCUUCUCUUAGUGUCCAUGACGGACUUCACCUCCACAGAGUCAACUGGUCAAGGUGGUCCUUACUUUGAGAGAUUUAAGCGGCAGAUUAGAGCACCAAAGACAGAGUUGAUAAUCAGCAGCCUCUGCAUUCAGUCCACAAUUGUCUCCAGAUAUGCCUACACAAAGGUGCAAAGUGUUAUGAGCAACCCUCAUGCUGAAGCAAAAGAGGCCAUCUUUGACUUGGAUCUGCCAAGUUCAGCUUUCAUAUCUAACUUCACUCUCACGGUUAAUGGUAAGAUAUAUGUAGCGGAAGUGAAAGAGAAACAUCAGGCCAAAAAGAUGUUUGACGAGGCCAGGAGGCAGGGAAAGACCACAGCCCAUGUUGGUACCAGGGACAGAGAAACUGAAAAGUUCCGUGUGAUGGUCAAUGUGGAGGCUGGUGGAGAGAUUGGCUUUACUCUGACUUAUGAGGAACUGCUACGCAGACAACUCGGGAAAUAUGAGCACACGGUUAGUGUGAGGCCAGGACAGGUGGUCCAGAACCUCACAGUGGAGGUGACCAUCUCUGAACGUACAGGGAUAGAAUAUGUCCGAGUACUACCACUGCGUACCAGUCGUCUUUUGACCAAUACAGUGCAAGGUGAUACAGAAAUACCUCCUUGCACGGAGAUAGAGACUAGUACCCACUGUGCCCGAAUCACCUUUUCACCAUCGCCUGCAGAGCAAGCUGCCUACUCCAGCUCUGGCAUCACAGCAGAUUUUGUCAUCCAGUAUGAUGUGACCUUGAAAGACCUAGCUGGUGAUGUUCAGAUAUACAAUGGAUAUUUUGUUCACUACUUUGCUCCACGAGGACUUCCAGCCAUCCAGAAAAAUGUGGUCUUCGUCAUAGAUGUCAGCGGGUCAAUGUUUGGCACCAAAAUUAGCCAGACCAAAAGCGCCAUGCAUGUUAUUCUGAAUGACCUUCAUCGUGAUGACUUCUUCAACAUCAUCACGUUCUCUGAUGAUGUGCAAGUGUGGAAACCCGGACGUUCCAUCCAGGCAUCAGCUCAGAAUAUCAAGAGUGCCAAGGAAUACGUAAAUAAGAUCGAAGCAGAUGGAUGGACUGAUAUUAAUGCCGCACUUUUGGCUGCUGCUGCUAUAUUCAACCAGACAUCUCCUAAACAGGAGAAAGGGUUUACCAAGCAGAGGAUUCCCCUCAUCAUAUUCCUGACAGAUGGAGAAGCCACCUCCGGUGUCACAUCAACCACUAAAAUUCUAAAGAAUGCACACAAGGCUAUGGGAGGAACCAUCUCGCUGUUUUGCCUGGCAUUUGGAGAAGAUGCAGAUUACAACCUUAUGCGCAGGCUGUCUUUGGAGAACCGUGGCAUUGCAAGGCGAAUUUAUGAAUACUCUGAUGGCACAUUACAAUUAAAAGGCUUUUAUGAUGAGGUUGCCAGCCCUCUUCUGUUUGAUAUUGAGCUGGCCUACCUUGGAGAGACUACAUACAAUGUGACACAAACCCUAUUCCCUAAUUAUUUUCAGGGUUCAGAACUAGUGGUAGCAGGAAAGCUAAAGUCAGGUGUCAAAAGCCUUCAAAUUCAUCUCACUGCUAAUGACCAGAAGAAAAAGCUGAGUCUGGAAAAUGAUAUUUCCAUAGAAGACAAUGUUACACAGUCUAGCUUUGGAUGCUUGGGAAAUGUGGAUGAAAUACAGUGGUUUGUACAAAGGCUUUGGGCCUAUUUCACUAUUAAGGAUUUAUUGCUAGCUAGGAUCAAAGCCAAUGACACUGUAGCACGAAGGUUGCUGACUGAGAAAGCCACCAAUUUAUCCAUCAAAUAUAACUUUGUAACACCUGUUACUUCUCUAAUUGUAGUCAAGCCAGAAGACCACGAAGAUGUGACCACCCUCGCCACAACUUCUUUAAAAGUUACCACUAAAUCUAGUACAAUUUCUUUACCAACCAGCACUAUUAGCCCUACAAGUUCUGCUAUCUUAAGAACUAAGAUCACUUCAGGACCCCGAUUGACCAAGCCAGUCACAAGAAGCCCCAAACCAUCAACAACUCUUGCCAUCAAUCCAACUGGACCAAUGUCCCCUAUAACAUCAACUUCCCCAGGAAAUAAAGGUGUUUCUGUUACUGUUGGGCCUACCACAAUUAACCAUGCCUUGGAGAAGCUCCCAACUGUGGCACCAACUAGUAAUUCAGUUUCAACAACCAACAUAGAUGCCCAACAAAGUCUUACUGUGUAUUCCACUGCUGCUUUACUAACGCAUACUGCCACACCAGUGGGACCAACUAAAGCCAGGACAGAUAAACCACUCUUCACUUUGCUAACGGGUAUCCAUCCAACCAACUUUGUGACAGUUCCAGCAACAGAAAGUAGAACAGAGUUAUCUACACCUUCUGAUGCCACAAGUCUGUUGGUUACGGAACAAGGUGCUCAUAGGACACAUGACACUUUAAGUCCUGUGUCACCAUCUUCAGACCCGAUGAACCCCACUUCCUUGAGACUCCUAAUUUUUCCAGAUGAACUUCUGCAAUCAGAAGUUACAUUUCCAGCUUAUGAAGAGUCCCUGAACCCUCCUCCAGUGUACAGUUUUUUCCCGGAAGUCUCAGGGACAACAGCAAUAUAUGAUUCAGAUGAUUUGGAUUAUGAACCUUUUUCAGAUACAUUAGAUACAUUUGUGGAUUUUGAUGGUUUUUCUGCUGGAGCUCUUGGACUUCAAACUUUCAUGUCCUCCGUGGACGGGGACCCUCACUUUGUAGUGAAUUUGCCAAGUACCCAGGAGAAACUUUGCUUCACUUUAGAUGGGCGACCAGGAGACAUUCUAAGGCUUGUCUCAGAUCCUACAGGAAUCACUGUUAAUGGGCAUUUAAUGGAGGCCCCCUUGAAAAUUGGCUCAGAAAACAGACUUCGCACUUAUCUUGAUACUAUCACCAUCAUCAUUAAUAGACCAAGAAGCAACUAUAUCAUCAACAUAUCCCUUCACAACUUAACCCUUAAAGGAGAAGACCAGCUCACUCUUCCAUUUCAUCGCCCCACUUUAUUGCAAAAGCCCAGACUGGCCAUCAGAAUAGCGCCUUCUUCUAAUGUCACUGUGUGGAUUGGGCGCAACGUUGAGUUUCUGAUCCUGUUCCACCACUAUCAGCAUCCAACGUACCUGCAGCUGGACCACCUAGGCUUUUACAUUGUGAAAGGAGAUGGCCUUUCUUCAAGCUCCAGUGGACUACUAGGACAGUUCCAGAAUGCCCAAAUACAAGUCAAAGAGAGGAAACAAAGCAACGACUUAACAAUUUCAGGAAUCCUGACCUGCAAUAAUCACAUGGCUCCAGCUACUCUUGUUACAAAAAGCAUCAAGGACUCCGCAGCCCACACACACAUGACUAAGUGCUGGCUGGUGAAACACGGCGAUAUAGAAGACAUCCUUGACGGAAAAUACACCUCGUAUGUAGUGUCACACCUCCAGAAAAUCUGAAACUCCAAACAAGUGGAAGCGGAUCUAUGACCGAUUAAAUUUACCAAUGGCCCAGGAAAAUAUAUAUGACUGUGGUAGUAGAAGAUACCUUGAGGUACCAAUCAACAGAUGUUACUUUUACAGACUGAGUUUACAAAUAGCACAUGGAUAAUUAUAUUCCUGAAAUUGUUGUUAAGAAAGGUGAUUUGUAAUGUCCAGUUAAUCUAAAUGAUAUUAUGGGUCUUCAUCCAGACUACUUCCUAGCAUGGGUGGUGAUGGAUUAGGUUUUUAAUUAAAGUAUACAAAUUAUUUCAUGGGCUAUUCUUUUUAAGUUGAUAUGCAUACAUUAUGGCACAAUUUGAAAGGUGAAAGAUAGAGUAAAGGAAGCUGUAAAUAUGUAUAGAAUACACUAUAUGGACAAAAGUAUUGGGACACCUGAACAUUAUACCAACAGGGACCUUUUUGACAUUGCAUU